GUCCGCACUCUGUUUCGUUGUGGGAUACGGCAACCAAGGCGUGGCUGUGGCGGACUCGGAAGUCGGAACACGGUCGCCUAUUAUUCCGUAAUAUAAAACCAGCCCUGCAAAGGUAGGGUGAGGAUCCGCGGAACUAGGAAGCGACAUGCCGGCGGCGAUGAGGCUCUGCGCUCGCGCGCUCCGGCGAACGCAGCAGCCGGCGGUGGCCUCGACGCAGCAGCGGUGGGUCUCGACAAGGUGGUUCGGCAAAACAAGGGCCACCACGGCGGAAGAGCUAAAAGACUUGGCGCGGGCCGCAGAGAUGAAAGAGGAGCUCUACAACACCAUCUCUGACAUCACAGCCAAGUACAAGGUUCGUGGAAAGACAGGCAGAGACAACAGGCUGCUGCUCGAGCGACUCUCCAUGCAAGUCGAGCCUAGACCCAAUGACCCCUACUGGCGGUCUUGUCUGAGAACGGAAAUAACCAAUCAUAUCUUGAUCACGGUUGGAUCAUGCUCUCUUAUUAGUAUGGCUCCUUUUGCUGUAAGUUCGCUGAUUACAGCGUUAACCCCUCGAAAAAAGAAUUUGUUGGAGCAAUGGUGGGACGCAGUAUUCGGAAACUAGACUUGGGUCCAGGAGCUAGCUCCGGGAUUGGUGGAGGCGGCGCUAGCUCAAGUCAAGUCUGAUGCACAUCAAUGACUGAUUACUCAAGACGAUCAACUGUUUAUCAGCUAGCGCUGUAAUAGUUGGAAGUCCAUCAACACUAUGGUUGGAACUAUGUAAAUGUUUGACAUCACCAACACAUAAGAACGAUGUUAUAAUUAAUCUUCUGUUUGGACUGGAUGAUUUUCAUUCCAGAGUUUUAUUUCA